GGAAGAUUGAUCUGCGAGGGACAGUUGGACCUGAACGUGUACAGAAAGCAGAGCGCGGAACACCGAACUGGAACUGGACCUUGGACCUUAAAAGGUGAUUUAUGAAUCCGAACCGCUGCAGUUAAGUUCGGCUGCUUCCUUCGCAUAAAGAGGCUCCUUGUUCCUCCCAGAGACGGAACCAGCAGCGUCCAGGAGCCGCUGAGGACACAGAGACAGAGGGACAGACAGGGAUCCCGCUCGAUCUGCCACAACAUUAUGUCUGUUAGUAAGCAAGAUGUUCUUGCUCGUCGUUUUAUCCUUAGCAAAAAAGAGAUCUCUGUUUUGGACCACAGAGAAUCAGAAUUACUAAAAACCACAGGGCAAGCGGAUGAACCAGAACUUGCACAAAUAAAAGAAGAAGAGUAUGGAUCAGAACAUCUGCAGGAGAAGGAAGAAGACCACAUGGUACUGAAGCAGGAGACACAUACCGUAAUGGAAACAGAUUCUGGAUCUCUAGAUAUAAAAAAAGAACCAGAGGAACUAGAACUAAACCCGGUGAAGGAAGAGGAUUGUGAAUCAGAAUCUCAGCAGAUGGUAAAAAUUGAGGUUGAAGACAUCAGUCAGGAUGAAAACCAUGAUGCACUGAAGCAGGAGACUGAUACAUUAAUGGGAAAAUAUUCAGGAUUUCCUGAAAUCAAAGAGGAACCAGUAGAACUAGGACCUAAGAAAGUGAAGGAAGAGGAGCAUGGAGCAGCACAUCUGCAGGUGGCAAAGAAAGAGUCUGAUGGCAGCAGUCAGGAUGAAAACCAGGAUCUACUGAAGGAGACUGAUACCUUAAUCUUAAGGACUUCAGAUGACCAAACAGAUCAUCAACAACCUGAACUAAAUUGGAACCAACUCGUCUUUCAAAACUUCCCUAAAACAGAGCAUCAUCAGGAAAUAAAGACUUACGAAGCCUCAGGAUCCAGCAGAGAGGAACAGCAACAGAAGAGAGCUGAGGAGACCAGAGGUCAAAGUGACAAUGUAGAGAAAGGGAAGAAGGACAAGAAAAUGCACAAAGGUAAAAAAUGUAAACAGUGUGAAGUGUGCCGUAAAAGUUUCAAAUUCUGUUGUAAUUUGAUAGCUCACAUGAGAACUCAUACUGGAGAGAAACCUUUCUCAUGUGAAAGCUGUGGGAAGAGUUUUAGUCAACGAAGUAACUUAUAUACUCACAUGAGGGCUCACACAGGAGAGAAGCCUUUCUCAUGUGUAACCUGUGGAAAAGGGUUUAAUCAAAAACAUAAUAUGAAUACCCACAUGAGAACGCAUACGGGUGAGAGGCUUUUCUCAUGUGUAACCUGUGGGAAGAGUUUUAGUCGAAGAAGUCACUUAUCUGUUCACAUGAGAGCUCAUACAGAAGAUAAGGCUUUCACAUGUGUAACCUGUGGAAAAGGGUUUAAUCAAAAACACAAUUUGAAUACCCACAUGAGAACUCAUACGGGUGAGAGGCUUUUCUCAUGUGUAACCUGUGGGAAGAGUUUUAGUCGAAGAAGUCACUUAUCUGCCCACCUGAAAGCUCAUACAGGAGAGAAGCCUUUCUCAUGUAUAAACUGUGGAAAAGGUUUCAGUCACAAAUGUCAUUUGAAUAUCCACAUGAGAAUUCAUACAGGAGAGAAGCCUUUCUCAUGUAUAAGCUGUGGAAAAGGUUUCAAUCACAAGGGUAAUUUGAAAAGCCACAUGAAAAGUCACACAUUGGAGAAACCCUUCUCAUGUAUACCCUGCGGAAAAGGUUUCAGUCACAAAUCUAGUUUGAAUAGCCACAUGAGAACUCAUACAGGCGAGAAGCCUUUUUCAUGUGUAACCUGUUGGAAGAGUUUUAGUCGAAGAAGUCAGUUGUCUACUCACCUGAGAGUUCAUACGGGAGAAAAACCUUUCUCAUGUAUAUCCUGUGGAAAAGGUUUCAGUCAUAAAACUGAUUUGAAUAACCACAUGAGAAUUCAUACAGGAGAGAAGCCCUUUGAAUGUAUAACCUGUGGAAAAGGUUUCAGUCAUAAAAGUAAUUUGAACAGCCACAUGAAAAGCCACACAGGUGAGAAACCUUUCACAUGUAUAACUUGUAGAAAAGGUUUCAGUCACAAAAGUAAUUUGAAUAGACACAUGAAAAGUCACACGUGGGAAACGUCUCUCACAUAAAACACGUGGAAAAGGUUUAAGUAAUAAAAGUACUUUGACUUACCAUCUUGGAACUCACACAAAAUAGAAACUUUUUCCUAUGUGCAGGCUAAGUCCAUGUCUUUAAUACAAGUAACCCAGGUUCAAAUCCCUGUUGUCAAUCCGGCGAAGAAAUUCGGCCAUAUUUUAAUGACUUUCUGUUGCGACCCCUGAAUACGGGAGCAGCUGAUAAGGACUUACUUGUACUGUUGUAACUGUAAUUUCUCUUCUGCGGCACGUGGUAAAUGUUUGAUUCAAAGAAGUACUUUAAAAUACCUCAUUAGAACGCUACACAAGUGAGGUUUUCAUUGUUACAAAUGUUACUGUGAAUUUGUUGAAAAUUUGGUUUUUUUACAGAUUUUUGAGUCCUUUGCUUUGUGUAAACUAUGGUUUAAUAAAGGGAAAUCUUUGAAUAAUUCAUCUUUUUGUGUUAACCUUUUGAAGUCUGUGCUCUCAUUCUCAGACCUUCUAGAACUCUCACCUUGUUCAGGCCUGGCAUUUACAUGUUGUGGCAAAUUUAGUCGGAGCUUUUAGCAUAACGCAUGUUCUCCUGUUGGGUGAUCUGCUGGGCGGUUGAAGGAAACUGUCCAACAGUUUCUGUGCUGCAGUUCAUCUUCUAUCAGCCUUGAGGUCCAAAAUCCUUCUGUUAACUUUAACAAGCAGGUUCCUCUCAUUGUGUGGAAGGAGCAGGAAUAGGUCCAACAUUCAGAGCCGUCUCAGAACUACAGCAGGCUGGCACGGCGCUGGUGGUGUAUAAGCGCACGACCACAUAUAGAGGCUAUAGUCCUCGAAGCAGCCGUCCCGGGUUUGAGUCACGGACCCGGCGACCUUUGCCGAAUGUCUCCCCCUCUCUUUGCCACUCCUUCCUGUCUGCCUACUGUCAAAAUAAAGGCCUCUGGUGCUGAAAAAAUUCUUAAAAGAAAAAAGAACUACAGCAGGCUGAUAGCAGAGCGCGGCCCCUGUUGGAUCAGAACAAAUAGAAUACAAUACAAAAUCCUUUAUUGCAUUUGAAAAUCAGGUCGU